UCUUCAAAUAUUUUGAAAAUGUCAACUUGCAAUGGAAAUGGAGCUCCAAUUUUUUCACCCAAGUUGCAAGUUGAAGCAAUCCAAACUGUGAUACCAAUGAAGAUAACUGAUCCUCGAUUUUCGAGGCGAAUCGUGUUACCUGACAAUUUUGACUUAGGUAAUCUACAAAGGCGAUUUCACAUGGUUUUGUACUAUAACAAAGCGUCAGAGACGGAUUCAGGAUGGAUAAUCGCUGGUUGGUUUAAGGAGUCAUUGGGAAGCGCAAUAGUUGAAAGUCCAAUAUUUGCUGGAAGAUUAAGAAAAUUAGAGGAUGAUUUAGAAUUAGUUUCAAAUGAUUCUGGUGUUAGAAUGCUUGAGGCUAAUUUCCCAAUGAAUAUGGAUGAUUUUAUUGAUCUCAAGAAGAAGGAAAAUGUAGAAAAUGAACUUGUUUAUUGGGAGGAUAUUCAUGAAACAAGUCCUCAAUUUUCUCCCCUUUUCUUAGUCCAGGUGACAAAUUUCAAGUGUGGAGGAUACUCAAUUGGGAUAAGUUGUAGCCUAUUUCUAGCAGACCCUUUUGCCAUGACAAGUUUCUUGAAAUCUUGGUCCAAAAUUCACAACAACCUUGUCUCACAAAUUGACUCACCAAAAAUACCAGCAUUUUACACACCAAAUUUCACAAAAAAUGGCUCUUCACCAACUCUAUCUACUACUAGCCCAAAAUCAAAAAAUCAAAUCACCAAUACUCUAAUUUUCAAGAAUCCCAAAACCCCUUUGAAAAUGAACAACAAUGAAUUCCUCAAGAAUCUUGCAUCAAAAUGUAUUGGAAAAUCAGAGGAAAUAAAUGCAAAAAAUAUUUCUUCAAAUUUUACCUUUUUAGUGAAAGAGAAUUUUGAAAAUUUUAAGGUGGAAAAUUGUUCCAGAGAGGAGAUAAUUAAGGAGGAGGAAAGUGGAUUAUUAUCUAUAAUUUCAGCAAAUUGGGAUGAUUUAGGAGCUGAUAAAGUUAGAUUUAUUGAAGGAAAUGAGGCUAUUCAUAUUUCAUGUUGGAUUAUUAAUGGAGAAAAUAAUCAAGAUCUUGUGAUGAUUAGUCCAACUCCUGAUGAAGACACCUCUGAACUAAACAUUAUAACUACAAUCUCUAAUUAGGAAAUGGCCCCUUCAUAAUGACCCGUGAUAUAAGGGAAUCACAAGCCUCACAAUCACAGAGAAGAUAUCAGCAUGCACCAUAAAACCCAGGCAUCUACAUAACACGAGAGAACAGACUGACUACUUGGAGAGGGGCGCCUAGGUAACGGAGUUCACGAGG